AUGUCUCCCAAGCAAUCCGCCAAGAAAUUGAAGUGCAUUCACCUUGUAUCAGAUGACUCCAGUGUCUUUACCCGUGAAGAGGACGGCCCAGAGAACCCACCACCACCAGUGCCAAUAGAAUUACAAGUCCGCAAAUUUGCCAAAGUCGAAAUCCUAUAA